UCUCUGCUAGGAGGCCUGAGCCGUCGCUGGGCUGAGAUGGCGCUGCAAGUGGAACUCAUCCCUACUGGGGAGAUCAUUCGAGUGGUCUAUCCCCAUGGCACCUGCAAAACUGCCCUGGGUAGUGACGGAAUCGGAUCACCAGCAUGGGAGAGUGCCCUGACCGAGGACCGGGUCGGGGUCCAGGACUUUGUGCUGUUAGAGAAUUUCACUAGUGAGGCCGCGUUCAUUGAGAACCUAAAACGGCGCUUCCGUGAAAACCUCAUCUAUACCUAUAUUGGGCCUGUGCUGGUCUCCGUCAACCCUUACCGGGACCUCCAGAUCUAUAGCCGGCAGCACAUGGAACGUUACCGGGGUGUCAGCUUCUAUGAGGUCCCCCCGCACCUGUGAGUGACCUCUCUGACGGUGUACCGGGCGUUGCGCACCGAGAGGAGGGACCAGGCUGUGUUCAUAUCUGGGGAGAGCGGGGCUGGGAAGACCGAGGCCCCCAAGAGGCUGCUGCAGUUCUAUGCGGAGACCUGCCCUGCCAGUGAGCGGGGAGGGGCUGUAAGGGACAGACUGCUCCAGAGUAACCCUGUGCUGGAGGCCUUUGGAAAUGCCAAGACCCUUCGAAAAGACAACUCCAGCCGAUUUGGCAAAUACAUGGAUGAACAGUUUGAUUUCAAGGUGGGGGCCCCCGUAGGUGGCCACAUCCUCAGUUACCUCCUGGAAAAAUCCCGUGUCGUUCAUCAAAAUCACGGGGAGAGAAACUUCCAUAUCUUCUAUCAACUGCUGGAGGGAGGAGAGGAAGAGAUGCUCAGGAGGCUGGGCCUGGAGAGGAAUCCCCAGAGCUAUUUGUACCUGGUGAAGGGUCAGUGUGCCAAGGUCACGUCCAUCAAUGACAAGAGCGACUGGAAGGUGGUCAGGAAAGCUCUUUCGGUCAUCGACUUCAACGAAGAUGACAUUGAGGACCUGCUGAGCAUUGUGGCCAGCGUGCUGCAUCUGGGUAAUAUUCACUCUGCCGCUGACGAAGAGAGCAAUGCCCAGGUGACCACAGAGAACCAGGUCAAGUACCUGACCGGACUACUGCAGGUGGAUGGCUCUAUGCUGAAGGAAGCCCUGACCCACAGGAAGAUCAUUGCCAAGGGCGAGGAGCUCCUGAGCCCCCUGAACCUGGAGCAGGCUGCCUAUGCCCGUGACGCCCUGGCAAAAGCCAUCUACAGCCGCACCUUCUCCUGGCUGGUCAACAAGAUCAAUAGGUCACUGGCUUUCAAGGACCCAGAAUUCCCCAGCUGGAGAGGCACCACAGUUCUGGGGCUGGUAGACAUCUAUGGCUUCGCGGUUUUCCAGCACAACAGCUUUGAGCAAUUCUGCAUUAAUUACUAUGAAAAGCUGCAACAACUCUUCAUUGCGCUUAUCAAGUCGAGCACCGACGAAUACGAAGCAGAGGGGAUUGCUUGGGAGCCGGUGCCAUAUCUCAACAACAAGCUCAUCUGUGACUUAGUGGAGGAGAAGUUCAAGGGAAUCAUCUCCAUCUGGAUGAGGAGUUGCCUUCGCCCCGGGGAGCCACAGAGCCUGACAUUCCUGGAAAAGCUUGAGGACAGGAAGCACCACCCCCACUUUGUGAGUGAUCACAAGUUGGCUGACCAGCGGACAAGGAAAUCCUUGGGUCGAGGUGAAUUCCGGCUGUUGCACUAUGCUGGAGAGGUGACCUACAGUGUGACAGGGUUUCUGGACAAGAACAAUGACCUCCUGUUUCGUAACCUCAAGGAGACCAUGUGCAGCUCUGAAAACCCCAUCCUGAGCCAGUGCUUCGACCGGAAUGAGCUCACAGACAAGAAGAGGCCGGAGACGGCAGCCACACAGUUUAAGACGAGUCUUUUCCAACUGGUUGAGAUCCUCAUGUCCAAAGAACCUGCCUAUAUCCGCUGCAUCCAGCCCAAUGAUGCCAAACAGCCAGGGCGCUUUGAUGAGGUGCUUAUCAGACACCAGGUGAAAUAUCUGGGGCUGAUGGAGAAUCUGCGGGUGCGGAGAGCUGGCUUUGCCUAUAGGCGAAAAUAUGAGAACUUCCUCCAGAGGUACAAGUCCUUGUGUCCUGAGACCUGGCCCACGUGGGACGGGCGACCACAGGAUGGGGUGUCGGUCUUGAUCCAGCACCUUGGCUACAAGCCCGAGGAAUACAAGCUGGGCAAAACCAAGAUCUUCAUUCGCUUUCCCAAGAUGCUUUUUGCCACAGAAGAUGCUCUGGAAGUGAGGAAGCAGAGCCUGGCCACGAAGAUCCAGGCAACGUGGAGGGGUUACCAUUGGAGGCAGAAAUUCUUACGAGUGAAGUGUGCAGCUAUCUGUAUCCAGUCAUGGUGGCGCGGGACCCUGGGCCGGAGGAAAGCUGCCAAGAGGAAAUGGGCUGCCGGCAUGAUCCGACAGCUAAUCCAAGGCUUCAUCCUGCGCCGGGCACCCAGGUGCCCUGAAAAUGCCUUCUUCUUGGUCGUUCGGUGCUCCUUCCUGCUGAAUCCGCGGCACCUGCCCCGAAAUGUGCUGGACAAGACGUGGCCCACCCCUCCCCCUGCCCUGCAUGAGGCGUCUGAGCAGCUGAGGGAGCUCUGUAUGAAGAAUAUGGUGUGGAAAUACUGCCGGAACAUCAGUUCCGAAUGGAAGCAGCAGCUGCAUCAGAAGGCUGUGGCCAGUGAGGUUUUCAAGGGCAAGAAAGACAACUACCCUCAGAGCGUCCCCAGACUCUUCAUCAACACCCGUCUUGCUGCUGAUGAGAUCAGCCCUAAAGUGCUCCAGGCCCUAGGCCAUGAGCCUAUCCAGUAUGCGGUGCCUGUCGUGAAGUAUGACCGGAAGGGCUACAAACCUCGUGCCCGGCAGCUGCUGCUGAUCCCUGGCGCUGCAGUCAUUGUGGAGGAAGCCAAGGUUAAACAGAGGAUUGAAUAUGCGAACCUGACUGGAAUCUCGGUCAGCAGCCUGAGUGACAGCCUUUUUGUCCUACAUGUGCAGAGAGAGGACAACAAGCAGAAGGGGGAUGUGGUGCUCCAGAGUGAUCAUGUGAUUGAGACGAUAACCAAGUUGGCCCUGAACGCAGACCGAGUCAACAGCAUCAACAUCAACCAGGGCAGCAUCACCUUUGCUGGUGGCCCAGGCAGAGAUGGGAUCAUUGACUUCACCCCUGGCUCCGAGCUCCUCAUCUCCAAGGCCAAGAAUGGGCACCUUGCUGUGGUCGCUCCCCGGCUGAACUCCCGAUGAUGAUGGACCCCGUCCGUCAGGACAUUCCUCCUGCCCCUCCACCUGCCUGCUUCGCUCACUGGCCCACCUGCUUGCUGCUGUCCUAUCCCCCUUCAUGGUAACCAAAGACUCUCACUUCCAUGCUUGGAAAACUGGGUGCAUCCCGGGUCUGAAGGGGGCCCAAGUGGCACCCGCCUUCUGUUCCCGAUCCCUUCCUCCCCGCCCAUACCCCAGCCCCCACAUCCCUUCCCAGUGGAUGUGGGGGAAGCUAUUCUAGGAGCGGGCUGAGGGAUGCCGGGGCCUGGGCAGAGCCCCAUGACCAGUGCCAAACCAGCAGGAGGAGACCUUUGCCUGAGUUUGGCUUUUCCUGCUGAGUCAUUUUGAUGCUUUGUAUGAGAGAAUUUCUUUUAAAGCCAUUCAUUCCCUGCCACUAAGACACACUGGAUGUGCCUCACCAGCCCUGCAGGAGGGCAGGGGCACCACCAAGGAAGCAAUCAGAGGGCUGGAGGUGGGAGGAAGGGUGGGCUCCAGCUGGCCUCUCAGCCCACCUCAGAACCAGUUACCCCAUUCCAUCUCCCCAUCCCUGCCCAUGCCCAGAGGUGCACACACAGGGACAUCCCUCAGUUUCCUUCCAUCCCUGGCCGCAAGGGGCUGGGACCCACACUUGCUCCGCUCUUCCUCUCUGCCUUAGUGAGGCCCUGCCCACCUGAGACCUCUUUCCCAGAGGGACUGAGGCACUUUCUUCCCCCCUCCCCCCAAACACAUAUACACACACAGAGGAAUUGGCUCCCAAAAGCUCCUAACUCUGCCUGGGGUGGGUAGGGGGACCCUUGAAACAGACCAGGGUGGAUGUGGUGACAGGUGAGAGGAGGCAUUGCUCCCUUGAACACAGUGGGAAGGACGCUGGCCUGGCUCUCAAGGAUAUGGGGCAAAUCAGUUCAUAUCUGGGCCUCACCCUCUUCUUCUGCAAAGCUGAGAUCAUAGGAUCGCUCCAAGGGAUUCUAGGGUCCAUCCAAGCUCCCCUCUUAACUCACACUCUGUGAUUAGGGGGGCCCAAUGGUGCUUAUUCUAAAGCCCCUACAGAAUGGAAAAUGGGGUCCCUCCCAACCCCAGAAUCAAUAGUCAAAAAAGAGUAGGGUUGGGUUAGAAAUAGAAGGGAGAAAAAUGGUCCUGGGGUCCACAGGGUGACUCUGAUCACAGCUUUGCUGCCCCCCCCCACUCCAAAUCCGUCCUCAUCCUGUAGGGUAAGGAAUGACUUUGGGAUAAGAAGGAAAGGGGGAGGUAUCACUUAUCUCUGCUGCUUCUCCACCCCAUGCCCCAUUCCCACUGAGGGUCAGGAGACCAGGAGGCCCUCCAAGCAGUCUGUGCUCUCCCUCGGGAUCCUGGGGACACUGCCGACACUCGCAACCCCAGCCAACACUAAAUAAAGCAAUUAUGUUUUUGCAAA